AAAGUUCGUGGAACAGUUCAAAACACUCCCAAAACAAGAGGUUAUGUCCUUGGUUUUUGAUUGAAAAAAAAUCUAAUAGCCAGUCUUUCUACGUGUACCUGUGUACGGUGUCAUCAUUGACCCUGACGCGCUUCUUCUUUCUUCAAUAAAAUGACGCAAGAGUACGUAUACCGAUCCAACAGUCGGAGGAGAACAAAUUAAAGAAGACUUCUCCUCGCAUCAUGAAGGCCAGUAGAAGUUCCAUCCCUUUACCUUCUUGUCCCAGCUUCUAGUUCUACCAGUACGGUGCUGGUUGAGCUGUGAGCAACAUACAAAAACGGCCAUGCCUCAGACGAAGAUCACCGUCAGCUUCCUCCUAGGAGUCAUCCACCCCCUCGCUGCGCUCGUCGCUGCAGGCGGCGGCGACCAGUUCGUGUACUCCGGCUUCACCGGCGCCAACCUCACCAUGGACGGCACGGCCACUAUCACUCCGGGCGGCCUCGUCGAGCUGACCAACGGCACGCUUCAGCUCAAAGGCCAUGCCUUUCACCCAACACCCCUCAGCUUCCGAGAGGGCGGCCGCACCGGCACCGGCACCGGCAUAGGCGCGGUGAGGUCGUUCUCCACAUCCUUCGUCUUCGGCAUCCUUUCCGCUUACCCCGACAUGAGCGCCCACGGCAUCGUCUUCGUCGUGUCCCCGACCACGGACUUCUCGACUGCGUUGGCGAGCCAGUACAUGGGCGUCGUCAACGUCACCAGCAACGGCGACGAGCGCAACAGGAUAUUCGGCGUGGAGCUGGACACCUUGCAGCAGGACGAGUUCCGCGACAUCAACGACAACCACGUCGGUGUCGACAUCAACGGCCUGAUUUCUCUGCACUCCAGCGAUGCAGGCUACUACGACGACGACGACGGAGGGAGCUUCAAGAACCUCACGCUUAUAAGCCACGACGAGAUGCGCGUGUGGGUGGACUACGACGCCGGGAGCAACCGAGUCAACGUGACCUUGGCUCCCCUCGCCGUCGCCAAACCUCGCAAGCCCCUGAUCUCGGCCGUCUACAACCUGUCGUCGGUGAUCACCGACACGGCGUACGUCGGCUUCUCGUCGGCGACAGGCUCCUUCAACUCAAGGCACUACGUACUGGGCUGGAGCUUCGCCAUGGGCGACGUCUCGGCGCCAGCUAUUGACAUCGCCAAGCUGCCAAAGCUACCCCGUGAGAGCACAAAGGCUGGCCGGUCCAAGGUCCUACUGAUCCUCCUCCCAUUAGCAUCUGCAGCAGCGGUGUUCUGCCUCGGCGCUGCCGCCGUUCUACUCGUGCGUAGACGAAGGAAGUACACGGAGCUACGGGAAGAAUGGGAAGUCGAGUUCGGGCCGCACCGGUUCUCCUACAAGGAUCUGCACCGCGCUACCGAAGGAUUCAAGAACGCGAACCUGCUCGGCGUCGGAGGCUUUGGGAGAGUCUACAAAGGCGUGCUGCCGAUUUCCGGCACGGAGGUCGCCGUGAAGAGGGUGUCGUCGUCGCACAGCUCCACCCAAGGCGUGAAGGAAUUCGUGGCUGAGGUCGUGAGCCUUGGACGUCUCCAGCAUCGUAACCUCGUGCGGUUGCUUGGUUAUUGCCGGAGGAAAGGGGAACUCCUCCUGGUGUACGAGUACAUGGCAAACGGAAGCCUUGACAAGUACCUGCACGGGGAAGACGAGAAGGCGACGGCGACGACCCUGAGUUGGCCCCAAAGGUUCAAGAUCAUCAAGGACAUCGCAUCCGGCCUGCUGUAUCUCCACGAGGAGUGGGAGAAGGUCGUUGUCCACCGAGAUAUCAAAGCAAGCAACGUGCUCCUCGACGGCGGGAUGAACGGACAGCUAGGCGACUUCGGCCUAGCAAGGUUAUACGACCAUGGCAGCGACCCUCAAAGCACUCAUGUGGUUGGUACCAUAGGUUACCUGGCCCCUGAGCUUGCACGCACAAGCAAGGCAACACCGCUUACUGACGUCUUCGCCUUGGGGACGUUCAUCCUUGAGGUCACCUGUGGGAGAAGGCCUAUUUUCCAGGAUGCAAACAACAACCAGCAGGUUAUGCUAGUCGACUGGGUGCUGGAGCACUGGCGCCGAGGAACGCUUGUUGAUACGGUUGACGCCAAGCUCGGUGGUGACUUUGUCGUCAGUGAAGCGUGUCUGGUGCUCGAGCUGGGGCUCAUGUGCUCGCAUCCGUUUGUGAAUGCAAGGCCCAACAUGCGGCAAGUGGCACGGUACCUGAGUAAGGAGCUGCCGCUGCCGGAGCUGAUGCCUACAGACAUGAGCUUCCACAUGCUUGCACUGAUGCAGAACGAGGGAUUUGACUCGUACAUACAAUCCAAUCCGUCGGCGUCGUCGUCCAAGGCAAGCAUCGGCAGCACAACUUCUGCCCUUUCAGUGGGAAGAUGACAGAUGCAAGUCACUCAUAUCCCAUUAUGACGUAUCCACACAUUUUUUUGGCGAUCAAUAAUAUAACAAAUGUCUAUAUAUGUUUUGUAUCCUAAAUUCCAAGUUCUCGGUCAAAUCUCA